AAGAGCAUCACUAAUUUGGUAAUUGUGAGAAUAUAUUUGUGCACAUGACUAGGCAGAUAAAACUUAAUAAAAUAAAGGCUUCUUUCCAAAUGAGCCCUGACUUACAUGCAAAAACAGUGGUAGCAGAGACUUUGAAGUUUUCCUGGUUCUGGGGUAGAGUCCUACUGAGGGUAGCAGGGUCUAAAUCUGCUGUGCUGACUUAAUAAAACCACUGUUUAUUCUCUUUUGAAAAGCUACACACUUGUUUUGCCUUUGUUUCUUGCCGUUUGUCUGAAGAAGAGACUCAUCUUAAAACCCAACACUUGCAUUCUAUGAGAUUACAACAAGAUGGAUAUACCAAAUCCCCCAACUUCCAAAUGUAUCACUUACUGGAAAAGAAAAGUGAAAUCUGAAUAUAUGAGACUUCGACAACUUAAACGGCUUCAGGCAAAUAUGGGUGCAAAGGCUCUGUAUGUGGCAAAUUUUGCAAAGGUUCAAGAAAAAACCCAGAUCCUCAAUGAAGAAUGGAAGAAGCUUCGUGUCCAACCUGUACAAUCGAUGAAGCCUGUGAAUGGGCAUCCUUUUCACAAAAAGUGUACGAUAGAGAGCAUUUUUCCGGGAUUUGCAAGCCAACAUAUGUUAAUGAGGUCUCUGAACACAGUUGCAUUGGUUCCUAUCAUGUAUUCCUGGUCCCCUCUCCAACAGAACUUCAUGGUAGAAGAUGAGACAGUUUUGUGCAAUAUUCCCUACAUGGGAGAUGAGGUGAAGGAAGAAGAUGAGACUUUUAUUGAAGAGCUGAUCAAUAAUUACGAUGGGAAAGUCCACGGUGAAGAAGAGAUGAUCCCUGGAUCUGUCCUGAUUAGUGAUGCUGUUUUCCUGGAGUUGGUAGAUGCCCUGAAUCAGUACUCAGAUGAGGAGGAGGAAGGGCACAAUGAUAGCACAGAUGGAAAGCAGGAUGACAGCAAAGAAGAUCUGCCAGUAACAAGGAAGAGAAAACGACAUGCUAUUGAAGGCAACAAAAAGAGUUCCAAGAAACAAUUCCCAAAUGACAUGAUCUUCAGUGCAAUUGCCUCUAUGUUCCCUGAGAAUGGUGUCCCGGAUGACAUGAAGGAGAGGUAUCGAGAACUAACAGAGAUGUCAGACCCCAAUGCACUUCCACCUCAGUGCACACCCAACAUCGAUGGUCCCAAUGCCAAGUCUGUGCAGCGGGAACAAUCUCUCCACUCCUUCCACACACUUUUUUGCCGGCGCUGCUUUAAAUAUGACUGCUUCCUUCACCCUUUUCAUGCCACCCCUAAUGUAUAUAAACGUAAGAACAAAGAAAUCAAGAUUGAACCAGAACCAUGUGGCACAGACUGCUUCCUUUUGCUGGAGGGAGCAAAGGAGUACGCCAUGCUCCACAACCCCCGUUCCAAGUGCUCUGGUCGUCGCCGGAGAAGACACCACGUGGUCAGUGCUUCCUGCUCCAACACUUCAGCCUCUGCUGUGGCUGAGACUAAAGAAGGGGACAGUGACAGGGACACAGGCAAUGACUGGGCCUCCAGUUCUUCAGAGGCUAACUCUCGCUGUCAGACACCCACAAAACAGAAGUCUAGUCCAGCCCCACCUCAGCUCUGUGUAGUAGAGGCCCCAUCAGAGCCUGUGGAGUGGACAGGGGCUGAAGAAUCUCUUUUUCGAGUCUUCCAUGGCACCUACUUCAACAACUUCUGUUCAAUAGCCAGGCUUCUGGGAACUAAGACAUGCAAGCAGGUCUUUCAGUUUGCAGUCAAAGAAUCACUUAUCCUGAAGCUGCCAACAGAUGAACUCAUGAACCCCUCACAGAAGAAGAAAAGGAAGCACAGGUUGUGGGCUGCACACUGCAGGAAAAUUCAGCUGAAGAAAGAUAACUCUUCCACACAAGUGUACAACUACCAACCCUGCGAUCACCCAGACCGCCCCUGUGACAGCACCUGCCCCUGCAUCAUGACUCAGAAUUUCUGUGAGAAGUUCUGCCAGUGCAACCCAGACUGCCAGAAUCGUUUCCCUGGCUGUCGCUGUAAGACUCAGUGCAAUACUAAGCAGUGUCCAUGCUAUCUAGCCGUGCGAGAGUGUGACCCCGACUUGUGUCUCACCUGUGGGGCCUCAGAGCACUGGGACUGCAAGGUGGUUUCCUGUAAAAACUGCAGCAUCCAGCGUGGCCUCAAGAAGCACCUGCUCCUGGCCCCCUCAGAUGUGGCCGGAUGGGGCACCUUCAUUAAAGAAUCUGUGCAGAAAAACGAAUUCAUUUCUGAAUAUUGUGGUGAGCUCAUCUCUCAGGAUGAGGCUGAUCGACGAGGAAAGGUCUAUGACAAAUACAUGUCCAGCUUUCUCUUCAACCUCAACAAUGAUUUUGUAGUGGAUGCUACUCGGAAAGGAAACAAAAUUCGAUUUGCAAACCAUUCAGUGAAUCCCAACUGUUAUGCCAAAGUGGUCAUGGUAAAUGGAGAUCAUCGGAUUGGGAUCUUUGCCAAGAGGGCAAUUCAAGCUGGCGAAGAGCUCUUCUUUGAUUACAGGUACAGCCAAGCUGAUGCCCUCAAGUAUGUGGGGAUCGAGAGGGAGACCGAUGUCUUUUAGCCCUCCAGACCCACACCAGCGCUUACGGUAGCGGCACUGUCUUGGCUUUCAUGCUUACAACACUGCUGCUCAAAAAUCCUGCACUGUGUCUCCCACACCAAGAAACCCCCCACCCAUGCCCUCUAUAGUGAGGCCUCUGCUUUGUCAGUGGGCACAAGACUGUCUUAGUGAGAGGGGAGACAGGCAGCAAGGCCUUGGUCUCCCUGGGGAGAGAGUUGCAGAGGUGGGAGACUGCGUCUGCAUCUCAGAGGAAGUGAGCACAGGCUGGGGUGGGUGACUUAGGUAUGACUUUGUGUCAGCUCCCCAGGCUGUGGGCCUCAGGACUCCACUUAGGCAAUUCCUAACAAGUGUUAGCCUGUAAUUUUAGCUUUUCCAAUCAAGGGUCCUUAUGUAAUCGGAGGGUGUCAGGCUUAUCUCUAUGAUCCUAAAACCUAGAGGGGACAGGCUGAGUGAAAUGUGGCCCCUGGACCCUAUAGGUGAUCUGAGUCAGAGGCAAGCCUGGUACGCUGCACAGAUGAACUCAGAGGGAGAUGGGUCACCUUACCAUCUCUUCCCUCGGGGCAGGGUUCACACUGAAAGAGCAUGGGUUCUAAGUGCAGAUGUUCAAGGCCAGGGGGAGAAAAGCUACGUGGCAUCCUUGCAUGGCCAGAGAAAGAGAACCAGCCUGAUGACAGUAAACUGCUAAACCUGGGCCCAGGAAGCCUUGAGAAAGCCUUCUCGGUGUGCUCUGAAGAGAUGGGUUAAGUGUUGUCAGAGUCCUGGGAACAGGUGUCAGCACUCUUGCUCCUGCCAAAGCUCUGGGUAAGUGGCUGCAGGUGGACAUUAGGCUGCCACUGAUGAAGUGUCAGAAGGUGUAUCUGGCAAAGUGUGAGCACCUGGGCAAGGUGCAAGCCUGGCAAGAUGUGAGCCUGGCAAAGUGUGAACACCUGGGCAAAGUAUGAGCCUGGCAAGGUGUGAGCACCUUGAUUUGCUUGAUUUGUAGUUUUUCCCAGGCCUUCCAUUCUCCAUAGAGGGUAGGCCUAAGGGCUUGUGUUGCUUAUCUCUUUAAGGUAGGUAGGCACAGGCCUGGACUAGAGAGGGUAAAGGUCAUUGGUGUGAUCUACUUUCCUGUCUGUAGCACCUGCUGUUUGGAAAGGGUGAUUUAGCAAUAUGUGUUUGGAGAUGGGUGAGGGGCUAAAUUGCACACAUUUAGGAUGGCAUCACAUGUGCAGGGCACACUGGUAGAGAGUACUUAAAGAAGCAGGCAGAACACCUGUCCCAUCUGUGGUGCCAUCUCUCUGGGAUUCAUGCAGAGCAAAGCACUUUACUAUUUCUUUUAGAAUAGAAGGUCUAUAUAUUGGGGUGGAAUUUGUGCUAAAGUCUCCCAAGGUCCCUGCUCCUGAGGGAAGGAGAAGAAGGGGUGGAAGAUUCUCCUCCAGUCUUGCCUUAUCUCCUGGAGGAGGCAGAAGGAGCUAGCUUGACAUAGAAGAAAUUAACAAGAAUGGGGCCAACAAGAGCUGCUGCCCUGUGUCCGGGGCCCGUAUGCUGAGCUGACAGGGAACAAGGAGCAUUUUGCUGGAUGGGAAGGACUCAGGCAGGUACAGACCAGCCUAGGGAGUAUCAUAAUAGUGAACAGAUGUCUCCCUUCUGGGGAGUCUGAGCCUCUCUUCCCCAGUCUCCUCUGGCCAUUUCCUUCCUCCCAUCCUGCUGAGUGUCUCAUGAAGGAAGAAAUAGGGUUCCCUGUGGCCCAGCUGUCUCUAAGGGAUUUGCGUGGGACGUGCACACACACACUCACAUAUUCUCACUCGCCAUACUGGUGGGCACACAUGCACCCUGCACCCAGCACCUGCCCAGCCAACUCCUGACAGAAGCCUUCUCCCUCCCAAUGGGGCCAGCACCCAGCUUGAUUCUGAAAUCUACAUCUGCUGUGUUCAUUGUGUGUAUCAGGGAGACCCUCAAGCUGGACUGGGGGCUCUGAAUUACUCAUAAAUUAUAGGGGGAAACUGGAGACAGAUGAAGCGAAGGAUUAGUCCCAUCUGAAGUGCCAGGGGCUGUCUGUGAGGAGUAGGUGAAAAGUUGUUUUUUUUUUUGUUCCAUCCUUUGAGAGGCUGGACUGACUCCAUGCUCCCCUCAGCGAGCAGAAUCACUGUGGUCAAGCCCUCUUUUCCCAUUUUCAGACCACUAAUCCUUCUGUUCCUCCCAUCCUUUGUCCCUGCUGUCCCCCACCUUUAAUGACGGGUCUCAACCCCUCCCCCCACAGGUAAUGAUGGAUGGAGCAAGGUGGUGGGGCUUGAGGGAGGCUGGUAUUAUGUGCGGCUUUAUUGCCAGUGAAUUUCACGCACUUUAAAGUCUUGUGGCUUGUGAACCUCUUAUCUGAAUAAAGUGUUAGAAUCCA